AUGGCUUUAAGGCUAAGGCGCAAAAGACACGUGGCGGAUACACUUGUUGUGUUCCCGGGUGCUACAACAAUAACAAAAAAAAAACCCACAGAUUUGCACUUCUAUAGAUUUCCCAACGGUCAUACUAAAGAAAAACAGCAAUUAAGAAAGAGAUGGAUCUUCCUGGUCAGUCGAAAAAACUUUGAACCGGGCCCUAAUCACCGUGUUUGUUCAGCCCAUUUUCCUGGUGGCGCCAAAACAUACGACAACAAUGUUCCAACUAUUGUGCCAAAAAAUUCAAAAUCAAAGGUCUCGAAGCCUCGUCCAACUCAACGUGCAAGGAAUCGUGAAUUUUUGAACCCAAAUGAUACGGAUUUCUCUCAAUCUGGCUGUGAUAACAAUGAUCUUGAAACGACUGAAAAUUCCUUCAACUAUGAAAGUGACAAUAUUGAACCAGAAGUUAAUAUACAUGCAGAUUGCACGAAAAAAAUUGAGGAAUUAACCUUACGAAUAGUGGAACUUGAAAGAGAACUAGUGUCUUUGAAGGAAAGUUAUGAAAUUCAAGUGAAGAAUCUUGAGAAUCAAGUUUUCAAGAAAUCAUUUACAAUCGAAAGAUUUAAAGAUGAUGCAAAUAUGUUGAAAUUUUAUACUGGGCUUGAAGACUACACAAUCUUUAAAAGCAUUUUUGAUUCUUUUGGUUCUGCUGUAGAAAACCUGAUUUAUUAUGACUCUAACACCAACUCGGAGAGACUAACUAGCCAUCUUCAGGGAAAACGGGGAAGGAAAAGGACACUCACUGCAGAACAGGAAUUUUUUAUGGUUCUUACAAGGCUAAGAUGUGGUUUACUAGAGGAUGAUUUAGCUUGCAGAGUUGGAAUUUCAGCAUCCCAUGUUUCAAGAAUCUGCAUAACUUGGCAUGAUUUCUUACACACAAGAUUUAGAAGUCAUCCAAUAUGGCCCACAAGGUCAAUUGUAAAUGAGACAAUGCCUCAGAGCUUUAAGGAUUCCUACCCCCAAACCAGAGUCAUAAUAGAUUGCACCGAACUGUUUAUAGAAAUGCCAAGCUCCCUAAGAUCACAAAGCAAGACAUACUCAAAUUACAAACAUCAUAAUACUGCUAAGGGAUUAGUGGGCAUUGCACCAUCUGGAAUGAUUACAUUUGUUUCUGAUCUAUAUUCAGGAAGAACAAGUGAUAAGGAGGCUACUAGAGACUGUGGAAUACUUCCUUUACUUGAAGAGGGUGAUAGUAUUAUGGUGGAUAAGGGAUUUGACAUUGAGGAUAUUCUUCCAAAGAAUGUUUCUCUUAAUAUUCCACCAUUUCUGAGAGAGAAAGACCAUUUCUCACUAGAGGAGGAAACAGAAACGAGGCGGAUUGCAGCACUACGCAUACAUGUGGAACGGGCAAUUCGAAGAAUUAAAUGUUUUAGAAUUUUGAAAAUGGAAUUCCCAUUAUCAAUGGCAGCUGACUUAAACAAAAUAUGGGUAAUUUGUGCAUACCUUUGUAAUCUAAUGCCACCAAUCAUUGCAGAAAGUGAAUAG